AUAUUGGUUUUCUUCAACUGAAUGGUUAAUGCUGAUGUGUGAUGUUGUGUACUUCAUGGUUUCACUACAGUACACUGUUUUGUAAGAUAUCGUCACUCUUGUAGGUUAGCACAGGAUUUCACGAUGCCAUACUAUCAGUCAUGGGAAGAGUUUUCCAGAGCGGCAGAGAAAUUAUAUCUUGCCGAACCAAUGAAGGUACGAGUGGUUCUGAAGUAUAGACACUGUGAUGGUAAUCUCUGUAUUAAAGUGACUGAUGAUGUGGUGUGUCUCAAGUACAGAACCGAUCAGGCUCAGGAUGUUAAGAAAAUAGAACGAUUUCAAGUGCACUUGAUGAGGCUGAUGGUAUCCAAGGAGUCUCGCAGUGCUGCCAUGGAUGUUGACUGAUGAUGCAGAAAUUAGACUUUUUUUGAAGGUUUACACCAGGAAGACAUGAAACCACAAAAUUACCAUGUGAUUUCGUAAACUUUAUUCAGCAACAGACUGAACAUUUAUCUUCAGGAGAUGUUGCCAUAAUUUUUUUUUUUAGUUUUGCUUUCAGUGGAAAGCCUCUAUUUAUUUGGAGAACAAGCAAAGAUUUAUAUAUAGUACUGCAUAACUGAAUCUACAUGUCUAGUAACAAGUAGAGCUCUUGGAUCUGAGCACAGUACUCUUGUUUCUUAACGUAAAAAACUGUACAUGUUUAGUUUUGAGGCUCCUGCACAAGUGAUACUAAAUUUGAUGGCAUGCCCUUAAAGCAGAGAACUAUGUAGGGGGAUGUGACAAUGUAGUGCCUUUGAAGGAAGUGAGCUUCUUGAUUUGGAGACAGAUACUUGUCUUAGUGGGGUUUUUUGUUUUUUUAACAGCACCCAGAUAGCGAGGAUACUUUUUUAUAUUGAAAUGUAUAUUUUUUUCUUGUAACCUAUACUUUUUUCUUAUCUACUGGAUAGAUGGACAUUGGUUGAGCCUGUUUGUUAUGUUAACAGGCUACUGUUAUUGCUGCAUGUGCUAUGACACUGUGUUCUAUUUUUCUGUUUAAUGGUAGAUCCUCACCCUUGGAGGCCAUAUUCCUCCUUGCUGUAUGGCAUGAAUGGAGAUUGUUACUGGGGAUCUGCACUGCAGUGAAUCAAGUGAGUUUUGCCCUCCCACCUUAGAACUGGAACAUCAGUGUUUGAUUGCUGAAUAGUGUUGCCACUUGUUUCUGGGCUUUCUGCAUGUUGCUUGAUUUUCUGCCCAUGUUAAAGUAUUGGUGCUGAACAUUUAUGCAUAAUUCCAGAAUCUGUUGGGCAAACAUCUCUUCAGUCUAUCUUUCACCAUAUAGUUUAGCAGUGUUUUGAAUGUGGUGGUGGUGGGAUCUGUGAGGACAUUUUAUUUUGAUCGAUUUAUCUCAGGUGUGCAAAACCUUCCCAGGUAAGAUAUUUAAAUGUUGCAGAAAACUACUGUAAAAUAUUUUGAAUCCCAAAUGGUCAUUUUCAGAGGUUUUUAUAUAGCAUUCAAAAAUUAGCAGAUUUCCUGCAACAGAGGAACCUCCUUUUAAGCGUCUGGAAUGUUUUUCAGGUUGGAUUUAAGGGCUGAUGCAGCCAUUUCAAGAAGUUUAAUUUAGUUGCCACUUCCUUUGUGUAAUGAAGCAAGUCUUUUCCCUUAACAGUUUUCUUUAUGGGCUGUUUACUAGCAUCUUUACUACAAAGCAAAUGGGGGGGGGGGAUUAAAAUUUUGAGUGACCACAUGCUGUAAUAUUGCAUCUUUUCCAUCUGUUUUCAUGAAAUGACAAUCAUGUGAAGUUCUAAUUAAUAGUUUUCAUCUCAUUUGUGUGCUACUUUUAAAAAUUGGUAAACUGUCAUAUACAUUUAUA